CGAGACGAGACCGGAGAGUGGGCGGUGCUAGACUCCGCUUCACACCGCCCGCGGCUUCUGUGAGGAAAGCGGCUGCUAGUUUACGGUUGGUCUGGCUGCUACGACCACCACCAUGAGCGGCCUGGAUGGGGCCGAGGGGGCCCCUCUCCUCCAGCCCUGCAGCCCCGAUGCUCCCGACGGUGCCACCGGACCCCCCGACCCACACCAGGGCCCGAAGCUCCGUGAGGAAACCGAGGCGGCACAGGUGAUGGCGGAGUCCGGGGAGGGAAGCUUGGAGGCCGUCGCGCCCCCACGGGCCCAGCUUCCAGAGGAGGAGGGAGCCUCGCAGGACCCUGCGGCCUGCGGCAAUGCCCCCCAGUUCGGAGUCGGUGGGGGUCGCAGUUUCGGGGCGCCUGAAGCGGAGCUAGAACAGGCUCCGCCCCCCGCCGGGGCCCCGGUGGCCGAGUCUGUGGCCAUGGCAACCGACCGCGGCCUGAACAAUGGCUGUCGGCCUGGGGAACUGCGCGGCGCCGGCGCCGAGAGGCCGGGGGCUGAGGAGGUGGCCGAGGCGAAGGCCGCGGAUGAGGCGAUGGUGGAAAAGGAAGGAAAGGAGGAGGAGAGAGUAAUGGAGCAGGAGGUGGAGGUAGAGGAGAAGCCAGUAGGCGAAGAAGUAGAAAUGGCGGAGGCAAACAGAGCGGUGGCGGAGGCAAACAGAGCGGUGGAGGAGGUGAUGGAGGGGGCACGGCGCCGGCCCCUGAACGUGAAUUUCCGCGUGAACCUCCGCAUGAACCCCCUGGAGGCCAUCCAGCAGGAACUGGACACGGUGAAUGCCCAGGCUGACCGGGCCUUCCAGCAGCUGGAGCAGAAGUUCGGGCGGAUGCGCCGGCACUACCUGGAGCGGCGGAAUUACAUCAUUCAGAAUAUCCCGGGCUUCUGGGUCACCGCCUUCCGGAACCACCCCCAGUUGUCCCCCAUGAUCAGGGGCCAGGAUGCCGAGAUGUUAAGAUACAUCACCCAUUUGGAAGUGAAGGAAUUCAGACACCCGAAAACUGGCUGCAAGUUCAAGUUCUUCUUCCGAAGAAACCCCUUCUUCAGAAACAAGCUGAUCGUCAAGGAGUACGAGGUCAGAGCUUCCGGCCGAGUAGUGUCUCUCUCCACUCCCAUCGUGUGGCGUCGGGGUCACGAACCCCAGUCCUUCAUUCGCAGAAACCAGGACGUCGUCUGCAAUUUCUUCACCUGGUUUUCAGACCACAGCCUUCCAGAGUCUGACAAGAUUGCCGAGAUCAUCAAAGAGGACCUGUGGCCAAACCCUCUGCAGUACUACCUGCUGCGGGAAGGAGUCCGUAGAGCCAGACGGCGCCCGAUAAGGGAACCAGUGGAGAUACCCAGGCCAUUUGGGUUCCAGUCUGGUUAAACUUUGUCCUUGGGACUACCUCUGCACAAGGUCCCCUGACUGCUUGCUGAAACCUGUGCUUGAGCAACGGAAAGGGGUAUACCUUCUACUGUUUUUCCCCCUGACAUUUCUAAGACCUUUUUCCUCUGGACAUUUGUUUACUCAACCGCAAGAUUGAGACCUUCAUGGCCAUGCUUCUCCACUUCUACACAGCCUGACUUUUCCACUGAUAUGCAACCUUCAUGCUGUUCUGCAUUACUGUCACAUUCUGCAAGGCCAUGACUCACACUACUGCUGAGCUAAGUAAAUAUGCUGUAAAUUUCACUGCCUUUUUCUGCACUGCUUGGACUCUUUGUUUCCAGGGCCUCUGGUGUGGUGGUUCUUACCACCUGGGAUUCUAGCUUUGUCUAGAGGCCUGUUCUACCCACUCUGCUCUGCUGGGCAGGCAUAUAUAGCCUGUGGACUUUUGCAGAAAA